AUGGACUCUCCAGUGGGCUACCCCGAGUCCCCGAUGGAGCCGGACGAAGUGGUAUACCCAUGUAAAGGCUGCGGAGAGGUCCUAGAGGAGGGCAAGGCAUUUGAGCUAGCGGGGAACCGAUGGCAUAUCGACUGCUUCCGCUGCAACACUUGCGGGACAUUGCUCGACUCCGACGCGAACCUUUUGCUUCUCGGCGAUGGGUCACUCAUUUGCAAUAACUGCACCUACAGCUGCAGCGCAUGCGGGAAUAAGAUUGAGGAUCUGGCAAUUCUCACGGGCGAUCAGGCAUUCUGUGCCAGCUGCUUUCGAUGUCGAAAUUGCAAGCGCAAGAUCGAAAACCUUCGAUACGCGCGUACAUCUCAGGGCAUCUUCUGCAUGUCCUGCCAUGAGUCGCUCAUGGCUCGCCGGCGGAAGAAAUCGAAAGCAAACCGGCAGCAGGUGCCUACGCCAGGUAGUACUGCUCCGAUCGUCCUCGACAAGUCACUACCCGCUCUGCCCCCAAAUGCCAUACCACAGAGCGCGUUCACGCCAGACGUGGAGACUCCGCCGGAAGACGUGUAUAUCGAGACACCUAUGGAAGUCUCGCCCCAGCAAGACCAGCCACGGCCCAGGAGAGAAGGGGCAAGGAAAAUCAGGCGAGAAGCAUCGCCAGCGGCAUUGGAAGAUGACAACCUUACCCUACCAGCCAGCACAUACAAGGCCAAUCGCAGGUCCGGAAUGUUCCAACCUGCCGACCAGUCGUUGGGCGGAGAUGAUGGAUUUUUCGUUCCGCUUGCGCUCGAUCCAAAUCCAGCACCGGGGCUGUCCCCUCACGCCGAUAGCCGCAAGUACCAAGAUGAGAACCCGAAGAUGGAGGGUGGACGGGAUCAGGAGAAUAAACAACCUGUACGCGAGCGUCAACCAAAGGUUGCCAGCAGUCCGCAUAUUGCGUAUCAAGAGAAAGGGCGACAGCCAUCAGUUGAUUUGAUGGAGACUAUGCGUAAAAGGAAGGAGUCCGGCCCAUCGACAUCCACCGGCACAUCUCCUAUUACAAGCAUGGAUAGACAACGCGCUCAGCAUGCGAGUUCCCCAUCAACCACAACAUCGAAGGAGAGUGACAACUUCAAGCUUCAGGAAGCGCCAAGACCGAAGAAGUCAGGCUCAAGGAAAAGCUCAAGGACCGAAGAAAGACUCCCUAUCCAAGCGUCGGCUUCCGCGGAUAUGCUCGAUAGGAUGAAGACUCUAUCAAUCGAAUCAGGCAUUGUGACCUCACCCACCUCUUCCGAGCCAUCGCGUGCCUCUGCUCAGGAACUCCCGCGCCAUCUCGAGUCGCCGGUAAUCUCACAAGAGUCGGCCUCGUCCUACGGCUCCGCGCAAAUGGUUGAACGGCCUGCGAGAGGAGACUCCUUGGCCGCGCAGACUCACAGACAGGCACUUUCUAGGAAAGAGAUUGGCGCGCGAUCCUCCCCGUCUACGCCAACGGCACCGAUCCACAAGCGGCAAGCCUCUACGUCUUCCACCAAGGCGAACCGCGAAGACCAACUUGCGCAGCUCAAUGGCGGUUAUACCGCCUCGAAGCUCCAAGAAGCACCAAAUAUCCCCUCGCGAUCAACUGGCCGCCCUCCACCGCCUGAAGCUGCUGCCUCCACUGAUUCGUUCGUAGCUCCUAGAGCUCCGCCUCCACUUCCGCCACCCCCAGUCGAGCGCCACAGAGCAAAUGAGUCGACCAGCACCAUUCGAAGCGAUGGUUCCCGUCCAUCAGAUCAUCAUAUGUCGCCUGCGCUAUUGCGAUACAGCGCCGGAGGCGAGUUCUCAAUGGAAGAGGACAUGGCGCGCAUAUUGAGGGGGGACGAAGGCCCUUCACAUGAUUCGUCUGUUCUUCGCCGAGUCUCGAAUGCUGUCAAGCAUGGCCGAAGUUUCAGCGACAAGGGAUCCCUCAGACACUCGGCGCAGAAAUGGAGGAGUCCGCACAACGGUGCUAUCGACAUCAGCAGUCCUACGAUCGCUUCGCCCGACUCGAAAGAGGAGGUGAUCCAGCUGCGGAAUGAGCUGCGCCGGGCUCAGCAGCGCAUCACAGAGCUCGAGACCGAGAAGAACGGGCUAGAAGAGAAGGUUAACGGCUCGGUGGUGAUUAAACAGAUGAACACGGAGCUUCGCGAGAAGAGAUCGACUGUCGCGUUCCUCGACACACAAAGGGAGAUUGUGGUCCGGGAAUUGGAAACAAUGACCGAUCAUCUGAAGAAAGCCAAGGACACGAACCAGCAAUUUGCCAUGCAGACCUUCCAGGCGGAUGUUCUGAAAGACUUUGGAAUCAAGAUGCAGAAGCUGAAAGACACCAUGAGCUCAACAAUCGAGGACCUGGUGCACAAACGGAAUGAGCUUACGGACGAAAUCUCGAACCUGAUACAAAUGAAAGACAAGGGCUUCCAGGAGUAUGAGUCCCUAAGCACACAGAACAUGCGAUUGCAAGAAAUGAACAACAGGCUUUUGCAAAACAUACAGGAGCUGUACAAGCAGAACCGCCAACCGCAAGGGAACUCGUUUGAUGGCGGCCGACCGCCAGCCAAUGGCUUAGGCAUCUACACCCACCAUCAGAAGGACAGAUCGGACACGGCGAUGGACCUGCGCAACAUCAUGGCACAAGAAGGCUCCAUGCUCAACCUUCUACAAGACGCGGACGCCGACCACACGGUGCUACCUGCCCCGCAAGUAGUGAACAUCCGCAAAGGCAAGCCCAGCAAGUUUAGCUGGAAGAAGGGUCAGCAGGCCGUUAGCAAGAAGCUCAGAGGCAUCAACGAUGCGCUCGGAGGCAACCAGGAACACAUGCGCGACGGGCAGUACUCGAUCGAAGGCACACCUUACGGAGCAAUGCCUUCUGGCCCCGAGAUCUCCGCGCCUACGCCUGCCCCCGGCGGGCUCAAGCCGAGCAUGGACCCCAAGCAUGGCGCCGGAUUUGGGUUCUUCGGCGCGCAGAAGGGCGGGUCCCUUAAGGCGAGCCAGUUCAAGCACCUGCAGGCCGACGGCAGCAACACCAACGUCUCAGGCGAAAGUAGUUCAGUACUCUUCGGAUCGGACCUCUCAGCUCGAUGCGACUUUGAGAAGCGCCAGAUUCCUGCGAUCGUGAGCCAGUGCAUCCAGGAGGUGGAGUCGAGGGGCAUGGACGUCGAGGGCAUCUACCGCAAGAGCGGCGGCUCGGGCCAGGUCAACAAUAUCCGUCAGGGCUUCGAGAAGCACGAUCAGUUCGAUAUCUCGGAUCCGGAUCUGGAUAUCCACGCUGUCACUUCGGCACUCAAGCAGUACUUCCGCAAGCUGCCGAAUCCGCUCAUCACGUUUGAUGUUUAUGAUCACUUGCUGGAAGCAGGGCAAAUCGAGGACAAGGAGAAGAAGGCUCUCGCCAUGCGUCUCGCUAUUCGUGAGCUACCGCAGUCUCACCAAGACUGCCUCGAGUUCCUGAUCUUCCAUCUCGCGCGCGUCAUGGCGCACGACAAGGAGAAUCUCAUGACCCCUCUCAACCUCUCAGUUGUAUUCGCCCCGACCAUCAUGCGCCCCCUCUCCAUCGAGCGCGAGAUGAACGACAUGCAGGCCCAGCGCAUCGCCGUGCAGGCACUGCUCGAGAACAACAAGGUCAUCUUCGCGGAAUCCUGA